CCCAGAGACAGACCAUUUCAAGACCAGCCAGAAAUGAGUGAUCAGUCAGUGACCUAUAUGGACCUCAGAUUUCAUACUCCUGCAGAGCAGAAGAGAAAACAAAGACCAAAGCACACCAGGAUCAUAGAAACCAGUGAGCAGGAAAUAACCUACUCUGAUCUGAAGUUUCACACUCCUUCAAAGCAGCAGAGGAAACAAAGACCUACAACUGCAGAGAGCAAAGACUCUCCUCCAUCUUCACCAUGGCUCCUUACAAUGAUUCUGGGGCUUCUCUGCCUGGCUUUGCUAGUAACUACAGGGGUUUUGGGUGCCAAGUUUCUCCAGGCUUCCCUUCAAGUGAGAAGACAGAAAGAGGAACUUAUCGAGAAACAGGCUAUUCUGAAAAACUUCACCCAGUUGGAGGAAACCCUGAAAAACUGCACGCAACAAAGAGAUGAUCUCCAAGCCAAUAACAGAGAACUCUCAAAAGUUGUGAAUAGAGAAGGAGAUAAACGCAGCUCUUGCCCUGAGGGCUGGAUACAGCAUAGAGGGAAGUGUUACCAUUUUACACAUGAAAGGAGCUCCUGGCAGAAGAGUCAAAAAUACUGCUCAUCUCAGGGCUCCAGACUGCUGAGGAUAGAGAACAAGGAAGAACUGGAUUUCAUAAACAGACUGGCAUGUUUUCACUGGAUUGGACUAUUCCGUACAGGAGCUGCUACAAACUGGAUGUGGGAGGAUGGCACAGCUUAUUCCACUGACCUGUUGCAAGUAAAGAAGAAAGAGCCUGGGGAGUCCUGUGUACUUCUGAAUGCAGGAGAAGCCUCCUCCUAUGAUUGUACACAACCAUAUCGCUGUAUUUGUAUGAAGAGAGCUGAUUAGCUGAAGCCUGAGGAUCACAGCAUCCGAGACACACAUCCUAGGGUGUUCCAAAGACAAAGAGAACUCACUUCAAUUUGCUGUGUUACCAUUCAGACUGAGGGGCUGCAGUUUCAGGUGAUAAAACACACAGCAGACUGUAAAGAAGCAGGGCAGAGACCCCAAACUGGAAUCUUCUCCAGUCAACCAGAGCACUCCCACCAUACUGAAUAACUGUCAUUCCCAUCUGGGUUGAUAAGAGUUGAUUUCAGAGGUCAUUAGUGCAAAU